CCUUCUCUCCCCUUCCCAGACUCGCAACCUACAAGGAGAGGAUCGGGCGGGUUGCCGCUCUGUCGGGGCGCCGCUGCGCUUUGCACAGCUUUUGGCAAAGCCAGCCGGGCAGCACAUGCGAGCUGCGCUCUGCUCUCUCUCUCUCUCUCUCUCUCUCUCUCGGAUCUCCCUCCCUCUUUAGAAAUCGCGGGGGGAGGCGGCGGAGGCUUUGCAAGGCCGGACGAACCAUGGGGGGGCCCGUGGGCUUGCCCGCCCUCCCUCCUCCUUGCAGCCCCCACCCCUUUCCUCGGCGUCUUUAAGCAGCGGCGGCAGAAGGAGGAGGAGAAGGAACGGCGCGCCCGGGCGCAUCGGCGAGGAAGAGGAACGCGCUGCUGCUGCUGUUGGCGGCGGCGCCCUGGCCAUGGGGCGCUUCUUCGCUCCCGGAGGAUGAGGUGGAGGUCGGGACUGCGGCUCCUGCGGCGCCGGGAGUUGCCCGCUGGCUCCCGAUGAGCGACUGGAAGGCGGGGAAACGGCAUCGGAGGAUGGCGGCCGGUCUCCUGGCGUGCAAAGGCCCCCGCACCCGGCUGCCGGUGGGCGCCAGCGCCCUGGGCUUCUUUGUCCUCUGCUGGCUGUACAUCUUCCCCGUCUACCGGCUGCCGGACGAGAAGGAGGUCGUGCAGGGAGUCCUGCUGCAGCAAGGCAGAGCCUGGCGGAGGAACCGCAGCGCCGUGGCCGGAUUCAGGAAACUACUGAAAGAUUGCUGUGACCCUGGGCGCUUCUUUGCCAUGACUAAAGAGAACUCUCCGGUGGGGAAGAACCUGUGGUAUGACGGGGAAUUUCUGUACUCCUUCACCAUCGACAACGAAACCUUCUCCCUUUUCCCAAAGGCAACGCCAUUCCAGCUGCCAUUGAAGAAGUGCUCUGUGGUAGGAAAUGGUGGGAUUCUGAAGAACAGCGGCUGCGGCAGACAGAUAGACCAAGCGGACUUUGUCAUGCGAUGCAAUCUUCCACCUCUCACCAGUGAAUACAGCAAGGACGUUGGGUCCAGAACUCAGCUGGUAACUGCAAAUCCCAGCAUAAUUAAGAAAAGGUUCCAGAACCUUCUUUGGUCCCGAAAAGCCUUUGUGGACAGUGUUAAAGUCUACAACCAGAGCUACAUCUAUAUGCCGGCCUUCUCCAUGAAAGCGGGGACAGAGCCCUCUCUCAGGGUCUACUACACCCUAGCAGACGUUGGCGCCAGGCAAAAGGUGAUUUUCGCCAACCCAAACUUCUUGCGCGACAUCGGAAAGUUCUGGAAGAACAAAGGAAUCCAUGGAAAGCGGCUGUCGACGGGCCUCUUCCUGGUCAGUGCAGCCCUGGGUUUGUGUGAAGAAGUAACGAUUUAUGGGUUCUGGCCCUUUUCGAUGGACCUGCAUGGGAAGUUUAUCAGUCACCACUACUACGACAACAUCUUGCCGGAUUCGUGGUUUCACGCUAUGCCGGAGGAAUUCCUACAGCUGUGGUUUCUCCACAAAAGUGGCGUGUUGCGAAUGCAGCUUGAACAUUGCCAAGCGUGAGAACCUGGGAGAACCUGGGUCUGAGGGAGUUGGUCUCGCCAAACGAACAAACUGGGGAAAGGCUGCGGGGACUCAAAACCCAACCUUAAAAUGGGAUUUGCAUGGAAUGCUACAAUAACAAUUGCUCCAUUGAUAACUUGAAGAUGGACAGAGGAGUCGGAGUCCUCACGGGCAGUGUUUCAUGAGGUGAUUGGUGGUUAUCUCAGCAAAAUGGCGGGAUUUGACUGGGUGUUGCCAACGUUGCGACUCAAGAGCGUCAAGCAGUUUGAAGAGGGGUAGGGGUAACAAAGGGCUUUUGCUGAGUAUUUCAUAUUGCUCAGAUUUAAGACUGGCAACCCAUUCAAUUGGGGAUAUGGUUUCCUUUUGGUUUCCUUUUUUUUUUGUUUCCAAAGCUGGAUUUUGAAAGGUGCCUGGAGUCAACCAUUCCUGUUUCUUUCAGGGAGUAUUGAACAAGUCAUAGGACAGUGCCAAUUUUUCUCUCCUUUUUUUGUUUUGUUUUGUUUUGUUUUUAAAGAAAAUGACAGGUUACUCCUUUCAAUAGCAGUAUUCUCCAGUCCUUGUAGCAUAAACUGGGAAACCUUUUUUUUAAAAGAAAUGUGAAUGUUUUUUAAGCAAAAUAUUUAUUUUUUGAUGAAACAAUUGCCCGGUCUUUCCACACAGGCCUAUUGCUGUAAGGUAAUAGCUGCUGUUGAGCAGUCCAGAUUGCUCUUGGUCAUGAAACCCAAACCUAUUUGAUCCCACGGUGCAGAACUGGGCACAAUUCUGAGCUGGCCUCGCAUUGUCAAAAUGCCGAGUACCUGCACAUUUGAGGAGCAAGAAUCUGGCCUGGUUGAUAGACCCUGGGCAGUCAGUUCCUGUUUUUGUAGACACUUAACUGGAAGCCAAUUUUGCAAUGCCUGAAAGUUGCGUGCUGGGUUUCCAGUAUGGGCUUCAUCCUACAUUCCUUUGCAUCCCAGGCCCACCAAGAAGGUGGUGCAUUGUACUUAAGAAUCAGAACUGCUGUUCAGACUUUGGGGAGGAACCACAGGUUCAAUCUCCCAGGAUCUAUCUCUCCGAAACAGAGGGUCCUAGGUCGCAGUAGGAAAGGACCUUCUUGUGUGAAACCCGCAAAGGUGGCCUGGCCAUGUAUAAUGCAAACUUCACUUUGCAAUUGCAACUUUCUUUUGUUCAUGUCAAUGCUGUCUUAUUUUGACCAUGGUUUGUGCUUAACCCAAACAUUAGCCAUCUCAUUCCUUCUCCCUGGCCACCCCCAGCAAAAUGACGGAGCUGAUCGAUUCAGUUUAUAUAUGUGAACUUUGUAGCUGCAGUGAGGAGCCGUAAGCCAAGACUGAUGGUUUUCUCAUUGCAACACUUUGCCUAAGUGUCAGAUGGGCGCAAGCUGCCAAUGAUGAUGUCACCUGCAUAUUUCCAGCCCUUGAAUACCUGCCAUUCAUUUCAGCGGUGCUUGCAAAGGGGGAAGCGUUUCGGUGAUUUCUUCAUACUGGAAAACAGCCACGUCUAGGGUUCGUCAAACUAAUAAGACCCUGAGCGCGAGCAGACGGUUAGACAAAGCUAAGGGCUUAUUCCCAGAAAUGCAUGUAAGUCAGGUGCAAGCAGGGCAAGAAAACUGCUCCCCAAAAUUCCCAGUUUUGCGUCUGCAAAUUAUGGUGUUGAAUACUUUCCAGUAUUCUCUGGAUGCUCCCAUAUUUUCCGAAUCUCCACUGAAUAUUAAUUAGGGAUUCAGCCUCUGAUAAAGAAAAACAAAGAGCAUAUGCUUCCCCGCCCUCACAAUAAAAAAAUAUAGCUUUAUUCAUGUGCAGAAUUAAGCAACCAUUUAUUUAGUUUCGCUUGAUCUAAAUCUGCAUAUGAAUAAAGCAUUACUUUUGGAUGAAAGGGUGUAUUUUAAGAUGACAUAUGCUACAGUAGGUGCCACCUUAGAAGUGAUGUUUUUAUUCUUUAAUUUUCUUACUACAUUCCUCCAAGGAGCAUACAUGGUUCUACUCUUCCCAACUUUCACCCUCGCGACAACCCUGUGAGGUACGUUAAGCUGAAAGACUGUCACCAGACCAAGGUCACGCAGCGAGCUUUAAGGCUGAGUGGGGAUUUGAGCCCUGCUCUCCCAGGUCCUACUCUGACACGCUUUCUAGUGUGCAUGGGUCCUCUGUGUGCAAGUGACAGAGGCAUGCCUCUUCUAAGUAGUUAUAACAAAAAUAACUAACUUU